AUGUCUGAAUUUUUGAACGAAAAUCCUGACAUACUAGAGGAGAACCAACUUCCUACCAGAAAAGAAGAUAGAGCCAAGGACCUUUUGCUAGGCGGUUUUAGUAAUGAGACUACUUUAGAGAGGAGGAGGCUCUUGCUGAAGAUAGACCAUUCUCCCAAAUCUCAAGUGUUGCAAGAUAUAGAGCUAUUGGACAAACUACUCUCGAUUCGAGCUCCACCCGAAUUGACUUCCGAUGAAGAUAGUUUGCAAGAAAGCGAGGAAGAAUUCAUGACAAGUCAAAACGAUGAAGAAGAAGAGCUAGAUUUUAUUGAUGCUCAAGAAAUAUACGAUUUGAUUGCGCAUAUUUCUGAUCCUGAACACCCACUGAGCCUUGGGCAGCUUUCUAUUGUAAAUUUAGAAGACAUCGAAGUUCAUGAUUCAGGUAAGCAGACCGAAAUGGCGGAAGUCAUGAUCAGAAUAACGCCAACCAUUACACACUGCUCUCUAGCUACUUUGAUUGGUUUGGGGAUACGAGUCAGGUUGGAAAGAUCUCUUCCUCCUAGAUUCAGAAUCACGAUUUUGUUGAAGAAAGGUACUCAUGACAGUGAAAAUCAAGUAAAUAAGCAGCUGAAUGAUAAAGAGCGUGUAGCAGCUGCUUGUGAGAAUGACCAGUUGUUGGGUGUGGUCUCUAAGAUGUUAGUAACUUGCAAAUAA